CAAAGUUUAAUCAUAUUCAUAAAAAUGAAUGGUGCUGCAUAAUCGGUGAUCUUGACAUAGCACAACUUACUGGAUUAGGUAAAACUUUAGCUUUGAUCGAUAGUUCUUUUACUUGGGAAGAACAUUUAGUUCAUAUUUUUAAAUCGUGUCAAGUACAUUAUAAACGAAAAUUAAAUGAAAAAAGAUUCGAAAAUAAUGUUAAAGCUAAAAUGGAAUUAUUAUUAACUGCGAAAGCUGAAAAAGUGAUAAUAGUCUUACAGACAAAUUGGGUUCAAUAUUAUAAAAAACCUUAUAUUAUUGCAUCACUCAAUCCAAAUCUUUCCAAAAUUCCACAUGAUUUGUGGCAUGCGGCACCAAAUAGCACAAAUUGUGCUGAAGCAGCACAUGCUAUGAGUAAUCGUGAAGGCAAACAACUAAAACUGAUGACGGCGAUAUUAAGGGGUCGAAAAUUAGAUAUGCGCAAUUUCAAGAGAACUGAUAUAAAAGCUAAUUUUAAUAUUAAUACAUGUGGUUAUGAUAAAAGUAAUAUUGCAAGAAAAAAGUUGGCGAUUAAACGAAGUACUAGUUCUUCAACAAAAAAACAAAAUAAAUUAUCAUCAUUUCAAAUAAAUAAAAAACAGCGAACAUCUCAAGUAAUCGAUUUAACUGAUGAUACAUCACAAGAAUCUCAAAAAAUCAAUUCAAGUAAUAAUGAACUUAAUGAAUCUGGUAUGACGAUCAUGGAAAAAUUAGAAUAUGAGGAGCGCAUGUUGAUGAUUGCAGAACGUAAAGAAAAAUUAAGAGAAUUACGAAUUUCUAACGCUAUUAAAGAGCGUGAACUUG